AUGGCGGAAAUCUUAGACAUUCAAAAACCGAUAAUCUUUGAUGAAUCAGUUUCUCACUAUGAAGUUCACGCACAUUUACCGUAUACUUCAACAUUAAAUAAUAGUGAUGAAAUUAGAAUCAACAUUCAACAUCAAGACCUAUGUAUUCUACCAAGUAAAAGUUCAUUACACAUCUGUGGAAGAUUUGUUAAAGAAGAUGGAACAGCUGUAUCAGAAUCUAUGGAAUUAGUAAACAUGGCUAUUUGUCAUAUGUUUGAGGAAAUACGCUAUGAGCUAAACGCUGUAGAAAUCGAUAGGUGUAAAAAUGUUGGUAUUACAAGUCUCAUGAAAAAUUAUAUAUCUCAGACUCCUGGAAGGGGAAAUAUAAUGGAGAAUGCUGGUUGGUUAACACAAGCAGCUAGUAAAUUAAUAGAUGAUGAUGGGUAUUUUGAUAUAUCUAUACCACUAAGUUUCAUGCUUGGAUUUGCUGAAGAUUACAAUCGUAUUAUUAUUAAUGCCAAACAUGAAUUGAUACUUAUAAGAUCAAAUGUUGACAUGAACGCAUACAUUCAUAAACCAGCUAAUGCACAUGCAGUUGCUGAAAGAGUGAAAAUUGUUCUCAAUAAAGUGGUGUGGAAUGUCCCAUACAUUACCAUGUCUGAUAAGCAAAAAAUUCAAGCGCUAAAUUUCAUCACCAACGAUCCAGCAAUUUCAAUGAGCUUUCGAACAUGGCAACUGUACGAGUAUCCGAUGCUACCAAGGACUACGAAACAUGUCUGGCCAAUCAAAACUUCUACGCAGCUUGAAAAACCACGAUAUGUAAUUUUAGGAUUUCAAACUGCUAGAAAAAAUGUUGUAACAAAAGAUGCUAGCAAAUUCGAUCAUUGUAAUAUUAGAGAUGUGAAAUUAUUUCUGAAUUCUCAAAGUUACCCAUAUGGAAAUUUAAAUCUUAACAUUGCUAGAAAUCAGUUUGCUUUUGAUAUAUGA